CAAAAUAUGUUCAAAAAAAAAAAAAAAACUCCUCUUAUUACUGUAUUUCUUCUCCUACUCUAUCAGUGGUAUCAAAGUAGGCACAAUAAAUGGUCUCGUUCAGAUUUCAGUUCAUGUUAUGGAUGGCAAAAAUUGCAACUAGUGGUGUGUGCAAAUGAGGGUGCUUUUUGAUUACGAUGAAUUGCUAAGCAUUGUGGAGAAUGGAGUUGCUGAAAUUGUAGAAAAUGCAAGUGAUGCCCAAAAGCAUGCCCACCGUGACAGUAAGAAAAAGGACAAGAAGGCAUUAUAUUUCAUCCAUCAAGGGGUGAAUGAUGAAGUGUAUGAGAGGAUUGAAGAUGCAAGUAGAUCAAAGGACAAGAAGGCAUUAUAUUUCAUCCAUCAAGGGGUGAAUGAUGAAGUGUUUGAGAGGAUUGAAGAUGCAAGUAGAUCAAAGCAAGCGUGGGAUACCUUGAUGACAACAUACAAAGGUGCGAAGAAAGUUAAGAAGGUAAAACUUCAAACCUUAAGACGUCAAUAUGAGCUCCUACAAAUGGAGUCUUUUAAGACUGUUGCCACUUAUAUCAAUCGAGUUCUUGCUUUGACAAACAAAAGCAAAAUAUAUGGAGAGGAGUACAAAGAGCAGGGUAAAAUGGAGAAAAUCUUACGGACACUCACACCAAAAUUUGAGCACAUUGUGGCAGCAAUAGAAGAUGCCCAUGAUUUGUCCCAAAUGACUGUUGAUGAGUUGUCAGGCUCAUUAGAAGCACAUGAGUGACAAAUGAAUGGGAAGUAGACAAAGAAGCCGAUUCAGCAAGCCUUCCAAAGCUAAGUUUCGAUCAAAGGUGAUCAAGGUGGUGAAACAAGUCAAAAGCACGAUGGUUCUUGUGAUAGAGGAUGAGGACAUCGUUUCCACUUCAACAAAGGUCAUGGUGGUCA